CCUACAUCAAAAAAUUCGCUUAAUAGAGUAUUUAAACCUCAUAAUUGAAUAGAAACAAGGUGAAAAACUAGUACAAAAAGGUACACUUUUUGAGAAAAAAGAACCAUCCCUUGCACCAGGCUGGAUACAGGCCUGCCAAAUGCGAAAUCAUCCGUUUCUGGUUUUGUCUUACAGUUAUUUUGUAGUAAGCAGAUUCCGUCCGGAUAUCAAAUCAUCCGUUUUGUGUUCUGUAGUAGGCUACGGUUCGUUUGUAGUAGGCAUGCGCAACUUCAGUACGGAGUCUCAUGUGAUCCAUUUCAGGUUUUGGUUGACGGCUAUUGUGUACAUGCGCACUACCUCUAUUCCUGAAUCCUAAAUGGUCCAUUUUGCUUUUUGAGAGAUGCCCCGGUGAAGUUUGAUUCCUCCUUCAGCGUGCAAGCAACUGUGCUGUGUGUGUUUGUGAGGUGAGCACGCCGUGCGUCUCGUCUCGCCUCCCCUUUGGAAGCGCUUUGUUUGGGCGGGUAGACAUCGUGCAAUCCACCAUUUUUGUGAAGAUUUCGGCUUCCACGCAUUUCCAAAACGCGAGUGUCCGUGUCGUGCAGUGAUGUCUGUGGGUCUGGAGUCUGGGUUUUCUAGCGAGGAGGUGCUGAAUAUUCGCUUCCCUCUCCACCGUGCGUGCAGGGAUGGAGACAUGGGCGCGCUCUGCACGCUCUUGCAGCGCGGCUCCGAGCAGCUCUCGGUCGAGGACUCUUUUUACGGCUGGACGCCUCUACACUGGGCUGCACACUUCGGCAAGCUGGAGUGUGUGGUGCGUCUAGUGCAGGUGGGAUGUGGUGUGAACUCUAUGACCUCUCGCUUUGCCCAGACGCCUGCUCAUAUUGCUGCCUUCGGGGGUCAUCCUCAGUGCCUGCUCUGGCUGCUGCAGAAUGGAGCUGAUAUAAACAGACAGGAUUAUGUUGGAGAAACCCCCCUCCACAAAGCGGCCCGUGCUGGCAGCACUGACUGCAUUAACACCCUCCUGCUCCAGGGAGCAAAGACAGACAUGAGGAACGCUAGUGGACUGCCCGCAGCUGACCUAGCCCAUGCCCAGGGCUUUCAAGAGUGUGCCCAACUGCUCUUCAAUGCCCAGAACCGGCAACUCAAUCAGCUUAAUGGAUUCUCAACCAAUGGCUCUGUGUGCUUUGGAGACCGCAAGCUAAUCCAAGAACGGGGCGUCUUAAAUGGAGUUCCCAGCCGAAAGAGGUCUCUUGAUUGCAUGGAGUCUAAUCACAUUAAAAAGGCCAGAACAGAUGAUCUCGGUUAUCAGCCAAUAAACGGGUCCAGUGGGGAAGAGCAGAUGGAGAACAUGCACAUGGAGUUCGGGCCUGCACUGAAUUCCACAGGACUCUGCCAUCCCAUGCAGCACCUCAAUGGGGGUGACCUGAUGCGCGAGAACAUAAAUGGGAAUUCAUCCGAGGUUAAGAGUGGUGAUCAUAUUGGGAAUGAGGGGGUCUCCUCACAUCUUGGUCUUUUUGACAGUGGCCUUCACUACGGGCACCAUAACGGCUUUGGAGACACAGCUGAGAACAUGGAGGACGCCAGCAGUCAGAUAGAGCACCGCAAGUCAGUCAGUGUAGAGGAGCAGUACGACCACAUCACCUUCGACACCAUGCACAUCUAUCAUGGGUGUUAGGAUCGUCCUGUCCACACUUAACAUGCCUUUAUAUGUCCAUUAAGAAUGUGCUGGAUUGCUUUAAGUCCAUGUGUUUUUGAAAGGGACAAUGUAUUUGUGUUGUUAAAUAAAAAGUGCAUUUUAUGUAUGCUUUUUUUUUUGUAUUUUUAGUUUGGGUCAGUCAGAAAAUCAUGGAACUUAUGCAUUAUUUGAUCCAAUGUAUUAAAUGUGCCUACGAACUAAUUAUAAUUGUUUAAUGACAUCUCUUUCUUAUGUAGUAUUAAGAGCUGCUUAUGAUUAAAAUGGUUGAUCAGUUGACUGAA